ACCUACGAAGCUUCGUAAAAAGGGAGCGUUCACACAUCUCUCUCUGUUCAAUAUUUAUACGCCUCUUCCUUUUAUGGUCAACACAAGUCCUCUGUUCCUCGUUCUUCUCAUAACACAACAGCGUUAACUUUUCCUCUGUUCCCACAGCAUGGCUUCAAUCUCGCAUGGUUUUGUUUUAACCACCGCCAUGGUUCUGUCAACAACCGUCCUUUACCUUGCUUUCUCAAGGCAUAAGACUUCCCCGCUAUUUCAAAUUCUUGGAGAUUCCAAAUCUCCACACUCCGAGAACCAAAUUUUACGCUCUUGUUUAUACUCAGAGGAAAAGAAGAAGAAAAGGAAGAAGAAAAAGAAGAAGAAAGUUAAAUUCGCAGAAAAUGUGAUGGUGAAGGAAGUAUUCAGAGAAGAACAGGGGAAGCAAAACAGAGUAUCAAGCAGCAUCUGCGGAAAUGAAACUUCAGAAAUUCAUGAAAUGCCAGCGAAUCGAGUUGCUCUGUAUAAUGGGAUUUUAAGGGAUCGAGUGCACAGAAUGGCUUGCUGUCACUGAUCAGUGAUCACCCUAAGGCUUACGAUCCUUCGUGUAGAUUCUAUUUUCCAAGGUGGAACAGGGGAGAGAUUUUAAUUCGAGCUGUUUCUUCUUCUUCUUCUUCCUUCGUUUCUUCUUUUUUAAAAAAUUUCAAGUUAUAGGAAACCUGAAAAUAGGAAAUUUUAUGCCAUAAUUGUAGAUGUAAGAGUCUUAAAAUUUGUAAAUAUUUAUAAAGAACUAAAUAAAUAUAAAUUUUUCAGAAGAAACUCUAUUAUCAGCGUUAGUGUGUUCACUCUGUUCUGCUGUUUUUUAAACCCAGGUUUUGAGCCAUUUGUAACUACGGCUUAUGGAAAAGUUGUUUUGUGAAGAAGAAGGAAAAAAAUCUGAUGUAUUUUUGUGGUUGUAAACAUGUACUUGUUCAAUUUAUGAUUUUCUUAUUU